UUGUCCGGAUCGUUGCAUGAGAGUUUGGCGUGCGAUGUGACGUGUGCGGGACUCUUGUUUAGGAAAUGGAGGAACGGCGUCACGAAGACGUGGCGGACACCGACUGCACUUGGGUCAGUCACAGCAUGCUGCAGCGUGGACGAAGAGACAGUCAGGACAGAGGAGAUGGAAAGACUGGACUGGCUGAGAAGGCAAACGACAGUUUGGACAUGAUGUUUGACACGACGGCUUACGGCACGUACAAGUCGUACAACGGGUCACGCUUGGACCAGAGCCGUCCUGGUGACGAGGCUGGGGAAGAAGAAGAGGAGGAGGAGGAGGAGGAGGAACUCAGAGAAGCAGAUCCUGCAGAAACCGCUGCACGUCUUGUUAAACCAGGGCAGCCCACAUUUAAAUACGCGGCGGUGAUUCGUAAGAAGGACGAGAGGAGGAAACUGAAGGGCACCACCUGCAUGGAGUGUGAGGACUAUUACUCCCAUCUGCCCGACGAGGAGAAGCAGAAGAAGCUGGCCGCCUGCUCCCGGCACCGCUUCCUCUACGUUCCUCCCUCCACCCCUGAAAACUUCUGGGAGGUUGGGUUCCCGUCGACGCAGACGUGCAUCGAGAGAGGCUACAUCAAGGAGGAGAAGAAGCCCCAGGCCCGUUUACGGAGGAGACAGCCGUUUAACGCUUUAUUCUCCCAGAAGCAGAACGACUAA